GUAUGUGCUAGCCGACAAAAGACACACGCACGUCUCUCAUGUCUCUGUCCUAUCUACAUGGGCAAAGAUCUCUGUCUGUGUGAUGUGCAUGUACGUGCGGGUGUGGGUUCUGCACUCUGUGUGGUUUGUGUUAAUAGACCCUGCAUGUCAACUGAUCGAUUGACUGCGGGCUGUGUGUCUCAAGCACCAAGAGAUAGGGGGGAGGAAAUUUAAAACAACACAGACUUGAAAAAUCCGCGCACACGCACACGUAAGCAUGCAGAUGCGCACACACAGACGCCUUCAGCAAAGAGCUACCCUAUGCAAACUACACCCUCGCACAAGGCGGCGGUUAUAAGACAAGAUCGAUCAAAGACAUUUUCGGCUUAAGUAAUACUCUUUCGAUCUCCCUCUACACCCCCGCCCUCCUCACACAUUCAUGCGCGGGAAGGGGGAAGCUAGAUUAGGGACCUUGCGGGUCAAGGACCCGCUUACGUUGUAAAUGUUGAAGAGCUACUGAAAUGGGCCCGGGUAUCCAAGGUAGCCAGCCAAAUUGAGCCCGUUCACCUGAAAAGACAAAAGCACACGUCUACAGGUCCCAGAGAUACACAGGUAAGUGCAUACGUUAGGUUGGAAUGGCAACAUGGCAGGGGCGGGAGCAGCGACGGGUGCGGCCAUGCCAUAUGGAACCUGAGACAUACCGGCAAGUAGACAUUGUCUUGACAUGGUUCCCCUCCCUCCUUAGGUACCGGGGGUGGCACUGCAGGCGCUGCAGCCGCUGCAGCUGCCGCCGGUGCGGGGGCCUGCCCAAGCUGAAGGGGAGCAUUUGGGUCGACAUAAGGACGCGCUGACACAAAACGAAAAGUGACAGCAAUGACGCCCUCCGUGUGAGUCGUCAGUCGGCGCACCUUGCCCGGGAUUCUGCUCGUUGACACAGCCGCCAAAGGGGCCAAAGCCGCCGAAAUGAGCGGAUUUCUGAGGGAAGAUGCAAAAGUGGACGCGCAUGCAUAGCCGGAAAGUUGUGCACGUGACCGCGAAGGGCUUACGUCAGCCAGCGUGAGUCGCUGCCCACAAAUGUAGCAGAAGUACGUACCCCCUUGCGGCCCGCAUCGUGGUGACUGCAUCGACAAAGCCAUCCACAGCUGCUGUCAGUAAAUGCAGUCGAGCUUUCGUGACCUACAACGCAUGUCAUGAAGUUGCAGCAUUCUGCUCUCUCGCACAUUACGCCACACUCGGGGCAUCUCUGCACACAAAAUGCACCGGCUUAUAUCGCUUCCAAGCUCAAAGCAGCCAUUCGUCCGUACCUUCCAUCUCUGCUGUGCCGCAAUCCGGUUGAAGGCCUGCUCGCCUUGGUUGUUCUCCAGCUUCCACUGUCGGUAUUGCUCGCACGUGCCAUCAUGGGCCUACAUGAAGACGUACAGUGCUGGUAUGCAGUUAUCUGUCCAUUCCUAAGUUACGUUCUCCGAGCAGUGGGGACAGAACUCCUUGUUGCAUUUCGGAUAUUUCACCUGAUAAUCAAUGGACACAGCGCAGCAGUGUGCCUGUGUAGUGCAGACCUUCUUCAGUGUCUUGUCGAUGAUGAACGUGGCACAAUUGGGAGCAGGGCACGUGCUGCAUCACAUUCAGAGGACACUCCAGCCAUUUCGUCUCUCAUAAUGCGCGUCCUUUAAGCUUACACUUUCAUCUCGCCUUCGUCCAGGGGCUCCCACUGAUCAAAGCUGCAGCCAAACAACAGACGUAAUUGCUCCAGAGAGGGUGCGUCCAAGCAUUUGUACCGAAAUCGAUCGAACUUCUCUUGGUCUGCGGCAGACAGGGCCCCCAUUAUCUGCGGCACGCUCAGCUCCUGAACGCACAGACGACAGACAAACGAUGCAAGCGCCUCCGCCAUUUCUGUCUCCCUUUACCAUUGCACACGGCCGCCCUUCCGGGUCCAACCCGGGACACCUCAGCUCAGUCGCUGCGAACAACGGACACAGAGACAUACAGACAGGUACAUUGAGUCACACAAUGAAGAUGGCAGUUACGUGAGACUUUCCUGUCCUUGACCAUUGACUCCACAUGUCGGGCGAAACAAACGCUGCAGUCAAAAUGCACCAGCCGAUGGAUGUCUCCCAAUGGUGUCUCUCCUUAUUCACUUGCAAAAGCGAUGGCCGCAAUCCAGUUCAGUCGAUUCUUCAACGUGCCAGCUAUCUUGACAUAUCGGACACUCGAACUCCCGGGGCUGUGAAGGCUCUGCAGGUUCGUCAUCUGCAGCACGCAAAAGGGACACACAUGUGCAUGAGUUCAGUGAAUUCAGAAAACCGACGCUCACCGAAAUUCUGCAGAGCCGUAGCCAGCAGCUCUUGCUCCUUGUCGAACCACUCCUGGGCUCCGACGCAAAACAUGCGCUCGUCUUCAGUCAGCAGGACGCCAGGACACUCGGGGCACGGCGCAGCGUUGUUGAUGAAGUCUCCGUCUGGUGUGUUGGCCAUGAUGUGAUGGCGGAUGCACGGGCGGCAGAAGGCGUGCAGGUGACACGCUGGCAUGAUGACCUCAUCCCUCCUGAACUCGCCAUAGCACAUCUGGAACCAUCAUCGCACCAGAGCAACACACGUGUAUACAUGAAUGCAUACUGGCUGGCUACAUUUCCUUACCACACAAAACAUUCCGUCAUAACGCGCAGGCGCGGCAGCUGCUGCAGCUACCGGUGCGGCCGCUGCGGCUGCAGCCGGUACGGCAGCUGCAGCUGCAGCCGGCACUCCAGGCUGUGGCACCCUGACGACGAGAGGAAGAUAUACAAUUCGUACGGUGGCUGGGGACAUGACUCACCAGCUUUGGAAGCGCUCCAGCUCCUCGUCUGAGUGCGCAAAGCGACACAGUGCGUCACAAUCGCGCCUCCCUGCAUCCAUCAAACAGCCAUCAAACACAUACAUCACGAUCACUCUGCCAACUUGAACCUAUUCCGCACCUUCUCUGUCCAUCCGGUUGCACAUGGUUGGGUGUCCCCUGAGUUCCUGCCUACUGUGUGCGUUUGUGCAUCUACCGGCGUACUGGCACCUGCCAACCUGCAGGUGAUCACAGACAGAGAAUCUGACCUUCCCCCGGACCUCAUCUCCCCGACAAACAUACCUGGAUGUAUUGCACGCACAUCCUUGUUUUGUGCAGCGGAUGGCGGUUCAUCUGGCGGGUAUGACGAUUCCGACAUUCUUCGCCAAACCGGCACGCUCCCUGACAGACAGAAAGGACUGACUGACUGACUGACAUGUGAGCUGGGGGGGUCUUCGUGCUCACCCUGAGGAAGAACGUGCACACUGGUCUGUCCCCUCCAUCUCGGUCGUGGCUCCCGUUUCCUCGCUGCGUGGCAACACGGACACACACACUCAACAGUGGCACACAGAGUCAUACAAGUGUCCGCCACGCAACAUCGACAUCAGAUACGCACCUCGCUCAUCGCGGGGGAAUGGAG